AUGAGCUCCUCUGAUAUCGAGGGCCAUGAUGCUAAUCCCGAUGCAAAAGAUAGCCUACCGAGAAGCAACAGGUCUCAGGAGCUUGACGAAGAAUAUUGUGAAUUCUUUAGUGACUCUGUGACUGAAUUUUUCAGCCUCUCUUAUUUGCAAACAUCAAGACCGAAGAAAAGGACUCCUGCCAGAUUUGUUCCACAGCCAAGCAAAAUCACACUUAAUUCAUCGUACUACUGCCCGCUUUCUUCAGCUGUGGGCGAAAGUGUUUCUCUUCUGGACGAUGAGCAUAGUAUGACUGAGAUCACCACUCAGAAUCCAGUGCAAAAUGAUUUUAGCUUCGAUAACAAGGAUACGAUUCAUCUUCCAGGCACCUUCUGGACAUCUCAGGAGAAAGAUACUUUCUUCAAUUGUCUAGCACGCUUCACCAUACAUAGAUCGGAAGAAUUUCUUCCUCACCUUCCUUCUAAGUCCCAGGCGGACAUCCUUGCAUACUACAAUUUACUAGCUAAUGAGCUACGACACUUAAAAAACUUUGGAUAUAUUGAGGACGACGUUGAGACCGGUCGCGUUGCUGUCAAAACAUAUCCCUCGAGCGUUCCCUAUUCGGAAGUACCAAUUGCGCAUGAGGUAGACGAGGAAUAUAUUGAGUAUGAAGAGGAUCAGAGCAUCCUCCUUGGCACAAAAGAUCAUGUUGCUGCAACGAAACGUGCGUCCAAGCGAAAGAAUUUCUUUUCUCAAUACGUUAAAGACGCCGAGUCAAGAAACGCGCUUCUAAUUGACGAGGAAAAUGCAAACGGUCUAGCGAAAAUCUAUCGUGCGAAUCAGAUUACACCAACUGUUGCUGGUAGAAAAUCAUGCCGAUUUUCUCUCGCCUCAUAUUUCCUUAUUGAGCAAUUAGUCAAACUUAGAACCAGACAAAUACUCGAGAAUAUUAUUUAUAAUAAGACCACUGUCUUCGAUGGCCAGAACGAGGACACAGGUUUGCUUCAUGGCGCGAAAAUUCUUGUCAACACUGGAGACGUCUACAAGUCCAUUGUUGAUACACUGAUCUUUGAAACCUCCGUGGGCAGCAAAAGCAGAUAUCGUGACGGAAAAUAUCCAUUCUUAGAUCAAUAUUGGAGAAAAGUCGUUCAGUCUCUAGACAUCGAUCUUGAAUCUCAUGAGCCAGGGCCGCAAAUGUCACGCAAAAAGUUUCUUGCCUUCGAGCAGUACAGCGAACCUGUCUUGGGUGACAAACAUUUCAUGCAUCCAGUGGAUGCAAAGUCAUCUGACUCUGAUGACUGGAAUGAAAUGAUGAUUUAUGGAGCUCGGGGUGUUCUGGAGGCCAAUGCAGACAGCGAAGGAUCGAGUGAUGUUGAGAUUGAGGUCUCUGGAAACGAAGCCCCCGAGGUUGUUGGAUCCAAUAACAACGUAUCUAGGAGAGACACCUUUCAAUCACAUACUGAUCAUGAUCAUGGCUCAAUUGCAUCCCUGGCGAAUAAUGAAUCCGAAAAAUCAGCUCCGGUCAUCAAGAAUGAACCAGAGGAGGCCCUUUUCGUCACUGAGACAGAACGCCAAAAUCAUUGCAAUGGUUGUAACGACACAGAAAGCGUUGUUGUGGCAACCGUAGGCGAAGAUGAAUUGGCUGCCUCCUCAAUGCUGGACUCUGCCGACAAUGACGACGAGAGCUUCUGCGCAGAAAACGAAAGCAUGAUUCUGCGAAACACCAGUGUUUCGAAUUGCACUGAUGUGCAAAGUUUCAUUCCGCUGAAAGACGGCCUUGAUCCACCGCUUUCAAUUCCAAAUGGGCAAAUGUCUCGUUUCAUGAGCCCAGAGGAAUUAGUACAAAAACCUACCCGCGUACCUACAAAAAGAAUAUUACAGGAUUAUUUGUUAGAAGAUGCCUUGCUCAAGGACGAGGAGAAAGAGCUUGAGGCCUUGGAUAAAUGCCGUGACUACAAAUACAUGAGAACCAUGAGAAAGCGGUUGAGGUUGAACGCUGAUGAAUCAAUUGAAGAGCUUGAAUUCUGCCGUGCCAACAAAGAGUCAACAAUCAUAGAAAACUUGAAUAAGCUCUGGGAUAGGAGCUAUACAUUUUACUAA